AGACAGUCCAAGUGUUCUUGUCGGAUAUUUUCUCUUGAAAGAAAAAACUGAAGAGCAAUGGCAGCAAUUGUUACUGGUCUGAUCCCCAUCCUCCGCACUGCAGUGGAUGCAAGUACCACCUACAAGGGGCGCACAGUGUGGUUCGGCUUCCUCUGUAUUCGCCUUGUAACACUUUUUGUGGCUGAAAUGCCUUGGUUUAAAUUGGACUCUGACUUCAGCUGCAAUUUCACCAAGGACAGCGUUUGCACUAAAGUGUGCUUCAAUAAACACUUUGACAAGCCUGUGGUCAUGGCUUGGAACUAUAUUUUUAUCCUACUCAUUAUUUCCGUCCUGCUCAUGGAGCUCUUCACUGCUCACGUAAACUCGGUUUUCCAGAAGAAGAACACUAGAGAGAAGAAUGGAGUGGAACUUCAAACUUUGGGUGAGCUGAAAAGCGCAAAUGAUCCUGGCAGUAACACAACUGGUGUAAUGAUCCUUGAUAUGCAUGGAAGCAGGAAUGCUGUGCUCUUCUACAUGUUCAGUGUUAUAUUGCGGAUUGUGGUAGAGUUUUGGUUUGUGUAUGUUUUACUUUAUUGGAAUUUGCCUAAAGUCGACGAAAACACAUUCCUUUGUUUGAGUGAUGUCGAAGGAUGCAGUGAUCAGCAGUGCUUGGUAAGGGCUGCGGCAGAGAAACGCAUGUCUAUCUAUGCUCUAGUGUCUAUUUCUAUUCUGGUCAUCAUGAGCAGUUGUGCAUUUGCUAUCUACUUUAUCGGUCACUAUCUCUGUAAUUGUUGUACCAAAGCAUCCAAAGAUGUGGACAUUCAUGGUUUUCAAACUCGGGUUUAAUAACUCCGCUCUUCUUUUCAUGUUUUUUUUCUUUUUCUCUUUUAUAACCAUUUUCAAUCCAGUGUUAACUUUGUGUAAAAGCUUUUGAAUAACAUUUUGUAAAAUUGCUGAUAUUUGCUGACUUUUACUGAAGUGUGAAAUGUGUGGCAAUAAAGAGUGUUACAAUGUAA